AUGGGGGUUUUCGAUCUCAGACAACAACAGAAUAACCGAGACAAUAACCGACCGACGCGUGUUCUAAAGGACAACCUCCUCCACGCCAUUUCCACUUUUUGUCUAACUCUGAGCCUGACUCUGAGUCUGACCCUGAGUCUGACCCUGAGUCUGACCCUGAGUCUGACCCUGAGUCUGACUCUGAGUCUGAGCCUGACUCUGAGUCUGACCCUGAGUCUGACCCUGAGUCUGACUCUGAGUCUGAGUCUGAGUCUAACUCUGAGUCUGACCCUGAGUCUGAGUCUGAGUCUAACUCUGAGUCUGACCCUGAGUCUAACUCUGAGUCUAACUCUGAGCCUGACUCUGAGUCUAACUCUGAGCCUGACUCUGAGUCUAACUCUGAGUCUAACUCUGAGUCUGACUCUGAGUCUAACUCUGAGUCUAACUCUGAGUCUGACCCUGAGUCUGACUCUGAGUCUAACUCUGAGUCUGACCCUGAGUCUGACUCUGAGUCUAACUCUGAGUCUAACUCUGAGCCUGACUCUGAGUCUAACUCUGAGUCUGACUCUGAGUCUAACUCUGAGUCUGACUCUGAGUCUAACUCUGAGUCUGACUCUGAGUCUAACUCUGAGUCUAACUCUGAGUCUGACUCUGAGUCUAACUCUGAGUCUGACCCUGAGUCUGACUCUGAGUCUAACUCUGAGUCUGAGUCUGAGUCUGAGUCUGACCCUGAGUCUAACUCUGAGUCUGACCCUGAGUCUGACCCUGAGUCUGACCCUGAGUCUGACCCUGAGUCUGACCCUGAGUCUGACUCUGAGUCUGAGUCUGAGUCUAACUCUGAGUCUGACCCUGAGUCUAACUCUGAGUCUGAGUCUGAGUCUGACUCUGAGUCUAAUUCUGAGUCUAACUCUGAGUCUGAGUCUGACUCUGAGUCUAACUCUGAGUCUGACUCUGAGUCUAACUCUGAGUCUGACCCUGAGUCUGACUCUGAGUCUAACUCUGAGUCUGAGUCUGAGUCUGAGUCUGACCCUGAGUCUAACUCUGAGUCUGACCCUGAGUCUGACCCUGAGUCUGACCCUGAGUCUGACCCUGAGUCUGACCCUGAGUCUGACUCUGAGUCUGAGUCUGAGUCUAACUCUGAGUCUGACCCUGAGUCUAACUCUGAGUCUGAGUCUGAGUCUGACUCUGAGUCUAAUUCUGAGUCUAACUCUGAGUCUGAGUCUGACUCUGAGUCUAACUCUGAGUCUGAGUCUAACUCUGAGUCUGAGUCUAACUUUCCCCUGA